UUGUAGGUGUGGUUUGGCUCAUGCUGCCUGUUGAAGAAGCUGCAGCACAGUCUUUGCCUUUCACUGCUUACUCCACUUCUGUUGGCUACACAACACUGUUUAGACUGAACAUCGACAGAAGCAAUUACAACCCAAGCAUGGCUGGCAAGUUCGAUUUCUACACAAAUGAUGAGAUGAGGAUUGUGAUGGUGGGGAAGACUGGAAUUGGGAAGAGUGCUACUGGAAACACUAUUCUGGGCCGUGAGUGCUUUAAAUCCAAGUUCAGUCCCAAAUCUAUGACUGUAGAAUCUUCCAAAGGAAAAGCUAAAGUGGAUGGACAUCGCGUUGCUGUCAUUGACACCCCAGGCCUGUUUGAUACCAGGGUUGAUGAAGAGGAAACUCAGAAAAAUCUCCCUCGGGGCGCAAAUCGUGUCUUUUUCUUGGGCCACCGCUUUCCAGUUACCACUCAGCCACCCACCAUCACCGCUAGGCACGCUUACAACCCACUGGAGAUUCCGGAUUGGGACACCGCCGAUGGCUUCUCUGGACCCCUGGUGGCCAUUGAUGGCCAGCGUGAACUGGCACCGUGGCCCGACUCAGCUUCCCAGGAAAACUAUGGCGAGCGAUGUCCCGUCAAGUGCCCUGCGCAGCUCACAGUUCCUACCGCUUUAUGUGAAUGA